AUGACACGAGAACAAUACAUACUAGCGACACAGCAGAGCAACCUGCAGAGAACUGAAAAUGCACAACUCUACCCUGUGGGGAUUUAUGGAUGGCGAAAGAGGUGCUUAUACUUCUUUGUCCUUCUGCUGUUGGUUACCAUGAUAGUUAACUUAGCCAUGACAAUAUGGAUAUUGAAGGUUAUGAAUUUCACUGUGGAUGGUAUGGGGAAUCUGAGAGUCACCAAGAAGGGAAUCCGACUUGAAGGUAUAUCUGAGUUUCUACUUCCAUUGUAUGUGAAAGAAAUUCAUUCCAGAAAGGACAGUCCCCUGGUCUUACAGUCUGACAGGAAUGUAACAGUGAACGCAAGAAACCACUUGGGGCAGCUCACUGGACAGCUGGCAGUGGGAGCAGAGGCUGUGGAGGCGCAGUGUAAAAGAUUUGAAGUGAGAGCAAGUGAAGGUGGCAGGGUGCUGUUUUCUGCAGAUGAAGACGAGAUAACCAUCGGAGCUGAGAAACUGAAGGUCACAGGAACUGAAGGAGCAGUAUUUGGGCACUCUGUGGAAACACCGCAUAUCAGAGCAGAGCCAUCCCAAGACCUCAGGCUUGAAUCACCAACCAGGUCCUUGAUAAUGGAAGCUCCGCGUGGGGUCCAGGUGAGCGCAGCUGCAGGUGACUUCAAGGCUGCCUGCAGGAAGGAACUGCACUUGCAGUCUACAGAAGGGGAGAUUUUUCUAAAUGCAGAUACAAUCCGGCUGGGAAAUCUACCUACCGGUUCCUUCUCCUCUUCUCCCACCUCCCCAAAUUCUCGACAGACAGUGUAUGAACUGUGCGUCUGCCCCAACGGCAAACUCUACCUUUCUCCGGCUGGGGUAGGCUCCACCUGUCAGUCCAGCAGCAGCAUUUGCUUGUGGAGCUGA